CCAUGACAACCAUCCUCUGCUCCAGCCUUUCUCUUCACGUCCGCAUUUCCUCUUUGAUGUCACCUAAUUAAAACAAAGAAAGAAAGGCAUCCCGGGAUUUCAUCUGGACCAAUGAGAAAGCGGGAUGUUUUGUUCCUUUCCAAUGAAUUUAAGCAGAAGGAGUUUUUCGGGUCUCGGAUUCAGUUAAUCUUCCGAUUGACUUGCAGCAGACGACAAAAACAUCAAGAUGACAACCGCAACAUACUCCUUCAAUUAUGAACAGAUCUGGGACGAGACUAAAAAUCAUUCUAAGGAUUGGAUCCAGAGAAUCAGAAUGAGGAUAGCAGAUGAGAAACAAAAAUAUGUAUUUCACAAAGAGAAACAAGAGUUGGGUGAGAAGGCUGUGUCUGAACUUGACUUCUUUCCAGGUGGACUGGAAAUGGAGGAAAGUGUACUGGAUGCCACUGACCAGGAAACGAUGAUGUGUGAAGAGAACAGCAAAAAAGAUUCCUGUUCCAUUGCUAUUGUCAAGAAAAAGAAGAAGAAAAGGAGGUUAGAAAUAACCACUGAAAGUUUACAAAGUCUGGUUUUAUUUACUAAAGGAGGAUAAAGAUAGUGAACAAGUAUUGAGAGAGAGAAUUGUUGAACUAAAUAACUUGCAUGUUGCUCUGUGAGUAAGGUGGGUGGUUACUAAAUCUGAUAUAUAAAUAAAUAAUUUCUAACUUUCCUUUCACACUCUAAUGUUCUCUCAGUGUUUUUAAUUGACAUAUAUCUCAUUAUAUCCUAAAUUCCCCCCCUCCCCUUAUUUUUCAUGUUUACUCUAAAAUAAAAAGUGUGAAAGAUAGCUGCUUGGUCAUAUGUUAACAGAAUGUGUGUCCUCUUUGGUUUUGGCUUAGCAUAACCAAUUCUCCUUCACUGGACAAACCUCCAUGGAACAUGUAUGACUGAUACCAUGUGUGAAUUGAAUUACUAACUUUAUAGGACUUCCCUCUGAGAUUCUUGGCAAUUGAACUUAACCUAAGUAGAGCUGGGCAGGUUCAGACACCGUCUGCCUCCUCCUAAGUUGCAAACCGAAUAUGAAUACUAUAGCCUUCUCCUGACAUUUUGUUCUAGCACCUUCUUUUGAUUCUUGAGCCUUCGGUAUAGCAUAAUAGCAAUUUAGCUGUUUUCAUCAUUUUUAUAAAUAUAAAACAAAUACAGGCUAUUCUGUAUUUAAGACAGCAUUUCUGUUCUGCUGGGGAUUGACAAUUGGCAAUCCUGCUGCAUACCUUUUCAGGCCAAGCAAGUUUUUAUUACUCUCUCUGUCCAAUGAAGCAUACUGUUUGUAGUCUGACCAAAGCUAUGAGACUUUGACACUCAUUUUUCCUCUUGCUGAUUCACAAGCACACAGGUUUGAAAGUUAAACAUUAUAGAUGGUAAGGGAACCAAUUGAUGUUCUAAGAAUGCAGACUGUGGGGCAAAAGACUGAAUCUUUUUUUAAGAGCAAGAGCAAUGUUCUCAGUCCUGAAAACAUUUAAUUAAUUACUUUGGUUUUAAACAUCCUGAAGAUGUUACACUUACUAAAAUAUAGAUUUGUGAGGCCUUUCCUGGAGUACCAUACAACAUAAAGUGAAAAUAAAAUCUCUAUAUUUGCAUAAAGUAUGGCAAGAUCCAUAUCCAAAUGCUCAUUUAGUGAUUGAUUUGUGUUGGUUAAAAUGAAAUUUUGGUUAUUUUUUCCAAAUUCUAUUAUGAUGUAUUUAGAUUCAGGUUAAAAUGAUAUAUUUCUGCUAAAAAAUCAGAAUAAAUUCAGUUUAUGGUUCAUUGUAACUCUCCCUGUUGGUUCCCUCUUACAAAUAUUCUACCUCAUCUUUAUAUUCCUGAAUAUGGGAUUGGGAAGGUAUAUUAGCCCUUUUCUAAGUACAAUUUUAAAAAGCUUAAUUAUUCAUAUAUUAGGUGAUAAUUAAAACUGAUUUGGUAAUCAGUUUGUUAAGAUUGCAUUAUAAGCUUAAAUCCACUCCUUCUGUAAAUCCUUAAUCAAAGGGGGAUUUCACUGAGCUUAGUUUUCUUAGUUCACUUGGUUUCCCACAAUAAUACUUGAUCCCAGUGUCUAUUGAUCAUCCUUACCAUUCAGUCAGUACUGAAGAAGCUUCUUGGAUGAGACGUGAAAUGUUUUCAAGGAAAAAAUCCAAGAACGUCCAGUUACUUUUUGAAAAGCACCUUUGGAACUGGAGAUACAGGAACCAGAAGGUUUUUAAAUACUUUGCAGUAGUUGUGCAUUGGUUUUGCCUGUCUGCCUCUGUCUUUCUUCUUCUUUUUAUGUUUUCCAGAUGACCAGUGAUAAAUCUGACCAACUGUAAAUAUGAGAGUGUACGUCGGGCUGCCAAAAUGUGUGGGCUUCGGGAAGCAAUCGAGAUGGAAGAUUGGACCUUGUAUUGGACAGAUUAUUCUGUCUCUCUGGAGCGGGUAAUGGAGAUGAAAAGUUAUCAGAAAAUAAAUCAUUUCCCUGGAAUGACAGAAAUCUGUAGGAAGGACCUUCUAGCCAGGAAUAUGGGCAGACUGUUAAAGAUUUUCCCCAAGGAAUUCAACUUCUUUCCCAAGACUUGGUGUCUUCCUGCUGACUAUGGUGAAUUGCAGGCCUUUGGGAGAUCAAAAAAACAUAGAACUUACAUCUGUAAGCCAGACUCUGGUUGUCAAGGCAAAGGCAUUUUCAUCACAAAAACUGUAAGAGAUAUCAAACCUGGGGAGGAUAUGAUCUGCCAGCUCUAUAUCUCAAAGCCAUUUAUUAUUGAUGGUUUCAAGUUUGAUCUUCGGAUUUAUGUGUUGGUGACAUCAUGUGAUCCACUACGAGUGUUUGUUUAUGAGGAGGGACUGGCACGUUUUGCAACAUCUAUGUAUUCAGACCCAUCACAAAGUAAUUUGGACAAUGUCUGCAUGCACCUGACUAAUUAUUCAAUUAACAAGCACAGCGCUAAUUUUGUACGAGAUGAAGAUUCUGGUAGUAAGAGGAAGCUGUCUACCUUUAAUAAGUACAUGCAGCAAAAUGGUUAUAAUACAGGGCAAAUAUGGAAGGAUAUUGAAGAUGUUGUUAUUAAAACAUUGAUAUCAGCUCAUCCUGUCCUCAAGCAUAAUUAUCUUACUUGCUUUCCCAACCAUACCAUGUGGAGUGCUUGUUUUGAGAUCCUGGGAUUUGAUAUUUUGCUGGAUCGAAAACUCAAACCAUGGUUGCUUGAGGUGAAUCAUUCUCCAAGCUUCAGUACGGAUUCAUGGCUGGAUAAAGAAGUAAAAGACCAACUAUUAUAUGACACUCUGGUAUUGAUCAACCUAGGAGCAUGUGAUAAGCGCAAGAUCUUGGAAGUAGAGAAACGGCGAGGAAAAGAAAGGCUUCUCAAGCAGUGUCGUAAUCGUGAAGCCAGAGCCGAGGAAUUCAAGAACUGCCAGGCUGUGUGGCUUCAGCAAGCAGAGAUCUAUGAAGAAAACAACACAGGAGGUUAUCGCCGAAUAUAUCCUGAUUCUGAUUCUGACAAAUAUAAUAAGUUUUUCCAACAGAAUUGUUCACUUUUCCAGGAAACAGCAGCUUCCAGAGCUCGUGAAGAGUUUGCAAGGCAUCAGCUGCAGGAACUGCGUCUCAAACAAGAACAAAAACUUACAUUGAAAGAAAAGAAGGCUGAAUUCCCAGGAGAGUCCAGUGGAGAAAAAACAAAGAUUCCUAGGCCAAAGACGGUAAAUAGAUCAACUAUACUACCAGAUUCUGUCCAGACUCAGCUUUGUUCAGAAUCGGAACCUGGGACUGACCUCCUGCUGGAACAUUUUCUGGAUAAACAAGAGCCCAAGAAAGAAGUGAUCUGUGAAUUUUCAAGUAUUUCCCCACAUAACAGCCCUGAAACAGAUAACCCAGAGCCUUCUGCAAAGCAUCCAGUGAGGCCUUACAGCUCUGUAUCUGAUUUGACCUGGCAGAAUUCAUCCAGCACUGCAGAACAAUUUAAUUCCAGACCAGAACUGCGGAAUACCACUAAUAUUCGCCAUUCUGCAACCAGGAUGAACAUUGGAACAAAACAUCAACCACCAAGUGAAUUUACAAAAGCACGCAGUAAACAAAACCCGUGUCAUCCUGACAAACAUUUUCCAGCAACAAACCAAUAUCAUGUGAGGAGCAAAACUGCAAAAGACAAGGGUGUCUGUGAAACUCCAGCUGUUAAAAAUUUCCACCCAUUUGACGAAUUGUCUUUCCAGUAUGUUGGAGAAAAAGCAGUUCCAUCACAGUCAGCAAUCAAGGCAAUGAGAAAGAACUUUUCUGAGAAUGGCAAGGGAAAAUCUUUCUUUAUUUCAGAAUUUUUCAGCAAAAGUUUCAUAACAUCUGAGAAGCAAUUAAAACAUCUCUGUCAACUCCGGUCUCAACACCCCAUCAAUCGAGCAAAAAGUGCUGCCCUUCCCAGAGAAAUCGUAGGGGCCAGAAGUGGCAAAUGUGUUUCUGGCAGGAAGCCAGCAAAAUACUAUAAUAUUCACUUCAGCCUGCAAAAGCCAACGAUUCAGCAACAGAGCUUGCAAGAUUUACUGGUGAUCUCACAGAUGAACAGCCAGACCACAAGACCUAAUGACCAGAGAGUGAGAAGUAGUCCUUAUUCUUAAGGGUCUAAAUGAAUUCUUUGCAAUCACUGGAUAGCAUUGGAGCCUAGAAGAAAUGACUUUCUAUUAAAGAGAACCCAGAACUAUUUGAACUAUUCAACUAUACAUUUUCCAAGCAUAAUCCUAUUGAAAGAAGAUUCCAUGCAGCUAAUGAAAUUUGAGCUAUGAACGCAUUUUUUUUAGACUAAGUGGAUCUUGAAAUAGCAGAGUGUCCUGAUUUUUCUGUUUCUUGAAGAAAUAUGUAGUUAUCUAUAAUUUUCUAAAUGAAAAAGUCCUCUUCUGUACAUUUUUAAGAAAAUGAAUGCUGCAUUGAGUUUCAAAUAUAGAGAUGUGAUCUUUUGUAUUA